AUGCGCGCCUCAACCUUCGCCGCUUUUUGCAGCAUUCUGCUGUCUCCCAACGCCGCCGAAGCGACUCUGGUCACAGAUCAGGCUGCGGUUGCCAUUGGCAAAGAAUUCGACUUCGUGAUAGUUGGCGCUGGCCUUGCCGGUCUUACAGUUGCCAAUAAGCUGAGUGCGAAGAACCACUCCAUACUCAUCAUUGAGGCUGGCCCAGACGGAUCCUGGAACGAUGCGAUCAGAUAUGCUGGUGCGCUGUCUUGGCCUCCCGCGUUCUGUAAUCGAAACUACUCCCAAUACGACGAGAAUGGCAACAAGAUGCCAAGGCCCAUUGCCGCAGGUGGCUGCAUUGGCGGCUCAACGUCGAUAAAUGGCAUGGUUUGGUAUAGGCCAACCCGAGCCGAAAUCGAUAGGUUGGAGACCUUGGGCAACCCAGGCUGGAAUUGGGAUACACUUGAACCACUUAUGGAAGCAAUGGAACGUAAUACCCCCCCUACCGAAGAGCAAGUUCUACAGGGAGCAUCAUACGACCCGGAUGUCCAUGGCUACCACGGUCUAGUCAAUACUUCGUUUUUUACUCCCAUGCGGAUACCGAAAGCUAUCCGAUGGUACAAGGAAGCUCUUCCGGCAGCCUUCUCGGGUUUGAGAAUUGGAAACGAUCUGUCUAGCCGCACGUCUGUUGUAUCUGCCUCCACUUCCUGGACGAUAUGGCUGGAAACAUCGACGGGAAGAAUGCGUCGGAGCUCUGCUGCCGACGCUCUGCUCUGGGCGCCUUCGCAGCAGCGCAAGACACUUACGGUGCUGGCAAACCAUACAGUCGCCAGCAUCCUCUUCGACCAUGGCACGACAACCGCUCGCGGGGUGAUCUUUACUGACGCCGCUUCAAAAGACGCACACAGAAAUAUGUAUAGAGUGCAAGCCCAGAAGGGCGUCAUACUGGCUGCCGGCACCUUGGGUACUGCCCCGAUUUUGGAGCGAUCAGGAAUCGGCAACCCGAGAAUCUUGACAGCUGCCAAGGUGCACCAGCUGGUUGAUCUUCCAGGAGUUGGCGCGAAUCUCAAUGCAAGUGCCUUUGAUUCCAUCUGCGGCAUUAAUCCGUCAUUGACCUUUACAGGACCAACCUGGAGUAAUGGCGUCGGCAUUGGUCGUGCCUCUUCGAUCGCUGCCUCGCUUGCACAGCCAUCAACUCUGGAAUCCAGGGCUCAGUCUCUGGUGAAUUCCGGCGCUGCAGUGAACCUCGAAGGCGCUAGGAUGAUUCUGAAUACCACCAUUGAGCUCAUUUUGAAGAUGCCCAUUGCAGAGGUUGUUGCCGCAAGCUACCCGACGUCUCUCUAUUGUCCCUUCUGGCCCCUCAUGCCACUUUCAAGAGGUCAUAUUCAUAUUGUUUCAUCUGACCCAUUCAAAGAGGCAGUCAUUACACCUCGAUUCUUGACCGAUGUUUUCGACCAGCAAGUUGCGAUCGCUACUGUCCGAAGAAUUCGCAACCUCUUUUCUGACAAGGUAUUUGAUGGAAUUGUCGAAGAUGCCUACCACUACCCUCCACUCGGUCGGAAUGCGACAGACUCAGAUUAUCUCGAGUGGUUACGCGACACAGCCGAUGGUGCAAGUCACUGGAUUGGUACGACGGCCAUGUUGCCGAGGGCACUGGGCGGUGUGGUAGAUUCGCGCCUACGGUGA